AUGUACAAUAACGUGUUAUUAAAACAUAUAAACAAGCCCUAUUUAACAUAUGAUGAUCGAACGGUAUCAACUACGUCCGAUUCAUCAUCUCCUGGUACACCCUGGUCAAAAGUAUUUCCUGUGCCGCAAAUGGAUUUAUCUCUCAUGGACAAAGAACAUACAGACGAAGUAUUUUCUCUAAUUUCUGGUUCAUUUUUUCGCGAUGAACCAUUGAACAAAUGUUUAUGUUUUGAAUUACCAGAUGAACCAGUUGAAUUUACAAGUUUGGCCAUUAAAACAGCACUUCAAGACAAAUGUUCUUAUGUUGCUAUCGAUACAGUUACUCAAAAAGUUGUCGCGGUUAUAUUAAACAUUAUUAAAUCAAAAAAUGAUGAAACAAAUCCGUGGGAUGUGUCACAGUUUAAAUCAGAAAAGCUACGUUAUAUAUUGAAAGUAUUAAAAUGUGUUCAUGGUAAUGUUGACCUCUUUCAAACGUUUGAUACUGAUCAUUUGUUGCAUAUAAUUGUUGUUACAAUUGAUGAAAAUUAUCGUGGUUUAAGAUUAACGGAAAAAUUAAUUCAUUCAAGUUUAGAACGAGCAAAACAAUUGGGAAUCAAGGCAGCAUUUUCCGAAGCGACAAGUUUAUAUUCAUCAAAAGCAUUUCGUAAAUUAGGAUUUCAAAUUUAUAAUGAAGUUAUCUAUUCAAAAUAUGAUGAAACACGCUUAUCGAAUUUAGGAGAACAUGAUCGAUGUGUUUUAGUUGCUACAAAUAUAGAUUAA